AUUGCGUGAUGUCGAUCUUUCUAAUCGUUUCGGGCUUCCUUGUUCGGGUUUCAAUUUCUCGUCGGGUCCUUUCGGGUGUUUCAGCACCCUUUUUAAUUAAUAAUGCAAAUUCAAAUGUAUAUUUUUGUUUUAGUUAAGUACACAUUAUGCAAUAAGAAUUUUUUAUUAUAAGUUCAAAUUAAUAUGUGUGCAACACAAAUUGAGGUUAGAACCGUAUGUCGUCUGGCAACCCACCUUUAACCUCGCCGCCAGCGUUCCCUUGCAGCGGUCCUUUCCCGAGUAUCUGCCAUAGGGUGACGACUGAAGUUCAUUCCAUUGAGAGAAAAGUUUAAAAACUCAAAAUGGUGAACUUCACGGUGGACGAGAUCCGUGGGCUGAUGAACAAGAAGAAGAAUAUCCGGAACAUGUCCGUGAUAGCCCACGUGGAUCAUGGCAAAUCGACUCUUACGGAUUCUCUCGUGUCCAAGGCCGGCAUCAUUGCCGCCGCCAAGGCCGGGGAGAUGAGAUUUACGGACACUCGCAAGGAUGAGCAGGAACGCUGCAUCACCAUCAAGUCCACGGCGGUGUCCAUGUACUUUGAGCUGUCGGACAAGGACCUUGUGUUCAUCAAGGAGGCCGACCAGCGGGAGAAGACUGAGAAGGGCUUCCUCAUCAACCUGAUCGACUCCCCCGGCCACGUGGACUUCUCCUCCGAGGUGACGGCCGCCCUCAGGGUCACGGACGGAGCCCUCGUCGUGGUGGACUGCGUCAGUGGUGUGUGUGUGCAGACGGAGACUGUGCUGCGUCAGGCGAUUGCCGAGCGCAUCAAGCCCGUGCUGUUCAUGAACAAGAUGGACUUGGCCCUGCUCACCCUUCAGCUGGAGCCCGAGGACCUCUACCAGACCUUCCAGCGGACGGUGGAGAACACCAACGUCAUCAUUGCCACCUACGGCGACGAGACCGGCCCCAUGGGAGACAUCAAGGUGGAGCCGUCCAAGGGGAACGUGGGCUUUGGCUCCGGCCUGCACGGCUGGGCCUUCACCCUGAAGCAGUUUGCCGAGAUCUACUCGGAGAAGUUCAAGAUUGAUGUGGAGAAGCUGAUGGUCCGGAUGUGGGGGGAGAACUUCUACAACCCAACGAGCAAGAAGUGGGCCAAGAAGCCCGACCAGGGCUACAAGCGGGCCUUUACCAUGUUCAUCCUGGACCCCAUCUACAAGAUCUUCGACGCCAUCAUGAACUACAAGAAGGAGGAGACCAGCCGGCUCCUCGAGAAGCUCAACAUUGUGCUCAAGGGGGACGACAAGGACAAGGACGGCAAGAACCUUCUCAAGGUGGUGAUGCGCACCUGGCUGCCGGCGGGUGACGCCCUGUUCGAGAUGAUCACGAUCCACCUGCCGUCGCCGGUGACGGCCCAGAAGUACCGCAUGGAGAUCCUGUACGAGGGGCCCCUGGACGAUGAGGCGGCAGUGGCGGUCAAGUCGUGCGACCCAGAGGGACCCCUGAUGAUGUAUGUGUCCAAGAUGGUGCCCACGACGGACAAGGGGCGCUUCUACGCCUUCGGCCGAGUCUUCUCCGGGGUGUGUGCCUCGGGCCAGAAGGUGCGCAUCAUGGGCCCCAACUACACGCCGGGCAAGAAGGAGGACUUGGCCGAGAAGGCCAUCCAGAGGACGGUGCUGAUGAUGGGGCGCUACGUGGAGCCCAUUGAGGACGUGCCGUGCGGCAACAUCUGCGGCCUGGUGGGAGUGGACCAGUUCCUGGUGAAGACGGGCACCAUCAGCACCUUCAAGGACGCCCACAACAUGCGGGUGAUGAAGUUCUCCGUCAGCCCCGUAGUGCGGGUGGCUGUGGAACCCAUGAAUGCCUCUGACCUGCCCAAGCUGGUGGAGGGCCUGAAGCGCCUGGCCAAGUCGGACCCCAUGGUGCAGUGCAUCAUCGAGGAGUCUGGCGAGCACAUUGUGGCCGGUGCCGGAGAGCUCCACCUGGAGAUUUGUCUGAAGGACCUGGAGGAGGACCACGCCGGAGUGCCGCUCAAGAAGACUGACCCCGUGGUCUCGUACCGGGAGUCUGUGCAGGACGAGUCAUCAAUCAUGUGCCUGUCCAAGUCGCCCAACAAGCACAACCGUCUCUUCAUGAAGGCGGCGCCCCUGCCAGACGGUCUGGCCGAGGACAUCGACAAGGGCCAGGUGAACCCCCGCGACGACUUCAAGGCUCGCGCCCGCUACCUGUCGGACAAGUACGAGUGGGACGCCACAGAGGCCCGUAAGAUCUGGGGCUUCGGCCCUGAGGGCACUGGCCCCAACCUGCUGGUGGACGUGACCAAGGGUGUCCAGUACCUGAACGAGAUCAAGGACUCAGUGGUGGCGGGCUUCCAGUGGGCCACCAAGGAGUCGGUGCUGUGCGAGGAGAACAUGCGGGGCGUGCGCUUCAACAUUCACGACGUGACCCUGCACGCCGACGCCAUCCACCGUGGCGGCGGCCAGAUCAUCCCGACGGCCAGGCGCUGCCUGUACGCCUGCAUGCUGACUGCCUCGCCCAGGCUCAUGGAGCCAGUCUACCUGGUGGAGAUCCAGUGCCCCGAGAACGCCGUGGGAGGCAUCUACGGGGUGCUCAACAGGCGCAGGGGACACGUCUUCGAGGAGUCGCAAGUGACCGGCACGCCCAUGUUCGUGGUCAAGGCCUACCUGCCCGUCAACGAGUCGUUCGGUUUCACGGCUGACUUGCGUUCCAACACUGGAGGCCAGGCCUUCCCGCAGUGCGUGUUUGACCACUGGCAGAUCCUGCCCGGUGACCCCCUGGACACCAAGACCAGGCCCCACACUGUCGUCAUGGAGACGCGCAAGCGCAAGGGGCUCAAGGACUCCCUCCCAGACCUGGACCAGUACUUCGACAAGUUAUAAUCGCUGGCCCUGCCUACACACCACUCUCCUCACUGCAGCAAGCCAUUGGCCGCCCAGCUCGUUCCCCCCGCUCCUCUACCCAGACCUUUUUUUUUUUUUUUCUUGUAAAGGUUGAGUUGCCAAGGAGGCCAUGUUGUAAAGAAAGUACCCACGGCUCCUUUGUCCACUGCAACUUGGGGGAUAUUCCUUGUUUUUAUUAUAUUCUUGCCUCGUGAUGAAAAGGAAGUGUUGAGGUUGGGACGUACGACAGAGCUGUUCCACAAAUAAAAGGACGGAAUUGUGGAAUUUGAA